GAGGCGGGUUAAAGAGCGCGCAGCAGGUUGGGCCACGCGUGUCAAAGAAGGUUCAAUGGCGUGGCAGGGGCUGACAGCCGAGUUCCUGCAGGUGCCUGCGGUGACGCGGGCCUACACUGCGGCCUGCGUUCUUACCACCGCUGCUGUGCAACUGGAGCUCCUCAGCCCCUUCCAGCUCUAUUUCAACCCGCACCUCGUGUUCCAGAAGUUUCAGGUCUGGAGGCUUGUCACCAACUUCCUCUUCUUCGGGCCCCUGGGAUUCAGCUUCUUCUUCAACAUGCUUUUCGUGUUUCGCUACUGCCGCAUGCUGGAGGAAGGCUCUUUCCGUGGCCGCACCGCAGACUUCGUCUUCAUGUUUCUCUUCGGGGGCGUCCUCAUGACCCUGCUGGGGCUCCUGGGCAGCCUGUUCUUCUUGGGCCAGGCCCUCACAGUCAUGCUGGUUUAUGUCUGGAGCCGCCGCAACCCCCGAGUGAGGGUCAACCUCUUUGGCCUCCUCACCUUCCAGGCGCCAUUCCUGCCCUGGGCACUCAUGGGUUUCUCGCUGCUGCUGGGCAACUCAAUCCUCGUUGACCUGCUGGGGAUUGCUGUGGGCCACAUCUACUACUUCCUAGAGGAUGUCUUCCCCAACCAGCCUGGAGGCAAGAGGCUGCUGCUGACCCCCAGCUUCCUCCAGGCGGCAUGCACCUGUCUCCCAAGGCCCAGGACCCCUAGAAGGCUGGCCCUGCUUCAUUGCGGCCCCAUCAAGUGUCUGCCCACCUCAGCCUGGAGCCCUGCACAGCACGGUUCCCUCUGGGAAGCAUGAAGGCAGGCAGGGCCCAGGGGAGGCACUAGAGGAUGCUGACAGUAAAAGAUGAUGGACCCCUCAUCUAGUGGCCUUGGUUCUGUUACCUCAUCUGGAAAAUAAGAACAAUCUCAUGGCUAUGAA